CAAGUAGGGCCUUUAAAGGUGUCUGAGCAGGCACUUGUUGGAGCUAAGAAGUAGAGGGAAGGCAAUCACUCCCAGGUCGAAGGAAGGCAUUGUGGGAACACAGAUAAGUAAGGGACAGCCUUCAUGCUUCAGGAAGUGCACACAGCUAAAGUGUGGAGAGAAAGGUUGAUAAAAGCUGCGGGUCAAGGGGUGGAAGGCCACACUGUGAUUUGGGCAUCUGCAGAGAGUAGCGGUGUCAGCAAUCUCCUCUCUGGAGAUUGACACUUCGCGUUCAACUGCUCAGGAGUCUGGUCUUUUAGGUCCUUUAAACCCUUAUUGGUCCAGCCACCCACGGAACUUCGAAGCAGGGGGCUGGGGGUGGGAAGGGAAGCCGAGGAGAGACCAGUGAAAGCGCAGGGGGAGGCGCAGGCUCCGACCCGCCACACUCGCCGCUCUUCCUGCCCAGCCUCCCGCUGGCCUCUCCUUCAACUCAGCUCAGCCGCCCGCGCUCAGCCCUAUGUCCAACUACGAAUUCAGCCCGGUGAUGUCCGGGGACAAACCCUGCUGCCAGAUCUCUAAGAGAGCCCAGAUUUGCCUCGGCCUCGGGCUCCUGGUGGUGAGCCUCUCGGUGGUGGUCGCGGUGGUCCUCCUGAAGGUGCGCUCGCCACCUGAGCUCUUGGAGUGGCACGGGCAUGGCACCACCAGCCACUUUUCCGAGAUCGUCCUGGGACGAUGCUUCACCUACACGCAAAUCAUCCGGCCGGAGCUGAGAGAUGAAGACUGCCGAAAGAUAGUGGAUGCAUUUAAAAGUGCAUUUCUUUCCAAGAAUCCUUGCAACAUCACAAAAGAAGACUAUCAACCACUGAUUAAUUUGGUCACUCAAACUAUACCCUGCAACAAGACUCUGUUUUGGAGCAAAUCAAAAGACCUGGCUCAUCAGUACACAUGGGUGCAGCGGGAGUUUUUCACCCUGGAGGACACGCUGCUGGGCUACAUGGCUGACGACCUCACCUGGUGUGGAGACCCCAGCACUUCCGACUUGAACUAUCAAUCUUGCCCUCACUGGAGGACUGACUGUAGUAACAACCCUGGUUCAGUGUUCUGGAAAGUGAUUUCCCAGAAGUUUGCAGAAGCUGCCUGUGGUGUGGUCCAAGUGAUGCUCAACGGCUCCCUCACUGAACCCUUCAACAAAAACAGCACUUUUGGAAGUGUGGAAGUCUUUAAUUUGAAUCCAGAGAAGGUUCAUACGGUACAGGCCUGGGUGAUGCACAAUAUUGGAGAAGUUUCCAGUGAUUCAUGCUCAGGGUACUCUCUGAAUGAGCUGAAAUUGAUUGUGAGAGAGAGGAAAAUGGCGUUUAUCUGCCAGGAUAACUACAGGCCCGCCAGGUUCGUCCAGUGUGUGAAAAAUCCUGAACACCUGUCUUGCAGGUCUCAGAUCUGAGCCACAGCUGCUUUAGAUCUUUGACCCCUUGCAGUAGAUAUUCAUGUGCACGACUCAGAAGGCACACUGGUGGAGAGCUGAAGAUUUGGGGAGGAUCCUCCAUCAUUCUAUCGACAUGGGGGAUGGGUACCUUUCCCCCCAAAUAUACAUUAUUAAAAUAAUGUAUAUCAUCAGCAUAGUUUUUAUUGUGUUCUACUAAUAAUCAGGAAAAAACUGUUGUAUAAAAUCAGAAUGAAAAUUUUAUAUUAAGUUAUUUCCUUUUAAUUUUAUGUGACCCUUUUAUAUUGUAACAUCCUUUCUUUUUUCUUGGGGUGGUUGUUGCAGGGGUUGGACCGAAGACCUCAGCAUAUGCUGAACUAGCGCUCUAGCCCUGAGCUACACCUCAGCCCCUCCUUGCUACUGAAUAGUGGCCACACAAAACCUCUCCUCUGGGAAAAGGCAAAUAAAGACAAGUAAAUGGACAAGCUUCUCAGAGACUCUACAUUUCCAGAUGGUUGUCUUAUGAUUCAUUUUUGUAUGCUUCCCUUUGAUAGGUCAGCUAUAGGACUGGUGGUCCUGGGUCAUAGCAAGGGAAGUGCUCAGUGGGAUUUAAGCUACUGGUGCACUUAGUGCUUCAUCUCUAACCCCUCCCACAGCCCUAACACCCAUAAGUUGAUUUUAUUAUCUUCCCUUAUUUAGAUGAGAAGAUAGGAGCUCAGAGAGGUUGUACAAUUUGUUCAAAGUCAAAUGUUUUAUAUCAAUGUAGGAGCUAGAUUUGAACUCAGGGCUGUCUAACUCCAAAGUAUAUGUUCUCCUUCGCUCUAGGCCUGUUAAGAUCAAACUGGCAGGCUGGGGUUGUAGCUCAGUGGUUGAGCACUUGCCCAGCAUGUGUGAGGCACUGGGUUCAUCCUCGGCAUCAUGUAAAAAUAAAUGAAUAAAAUAAAUGCAUUGUGUCCAUUUACAACUAAAAAAAUAUUUUAAAGAAAGAUCAAACUGUCGGUGAUUUAUGUUCUUUUCCAACAAAUGUGUGUUGGAUUAAGUUGAAUGUAAUAGAAUCUGGAAUGUGAUUUCUCUGAAUGGCUUCAGAACAGGUCAACAUUUUUUCCUUCUUGCUCAUGCUCAGUGUCUUAUACAUGUAGAAGGUAAAGUAUAUUAGUUUCUGAUCAUGGCAAUUUAUAUGUUUUCUUAGAUCUGUCUUGCUUAGGAUUUAUCAGUUUUAUUACUUUUUCAAAGUACCAAUCUUCAGCUUUGUUGAUUUGUUUUUGUUUAAAUGUUUUUGCUCUUUUUUUUUUUUUUUUUUUUUGCGGUGCUGGGGAUUGAUCUUUUUUAUUUUUAGAAAUAUAGAAAUUCCUUCUAAUUUCUCUAUUCAUUUUCUUCAAACAAAACCUUAGAUCACUGAUUUUUAGCUUGCUUUCUUAUACAUAUAUUUUAGUACUAUAAAUUUUCCUCUGAGCUGUAGCUCUUAAAUUUUGAUGUCUCCUUUCUAACUUCACAGUUAUUUAGAAAUAUGUUGCUUAAUUUUCAACAUCUGGAGAUUUUCGAGUUUUAAAAAAUAUAUUUAUAUAA